GCCUUCGGGGUGGGCAGCCCGGCUGGCCCCCUCCUGUCGCCCGGCAAUCCCCUGGGACCGGCGCCGGGUGCCCCCCCCUCCAUCCCCGACCCCUUCCCCUCCCCGUCCCGCCCGCCGCCCCCAAGAUGCUGUUUUGGCACACGCAGCCGGAGCACUACAACCAGCACUCGACCGGCAGCUACCUGCGAGAUGUCCUUGCGCUGCCCAUCUUCAAGCAGGAAGAACCGCAGCUGUCUCCUGAGAAUGAUGCCAAACUGCCCCCCUUUCAGUACGUCCUCUGCACAGCCACGUCACCUGCUGUGAAGCUGCACGAAGAAACCCUGACCUACCUCAACCAAGGUCAGUCUUAUGAAAUCCGUCUACUUGAGAAUAGGAAAUUGGGAGAGUUUCAAGAUUUAAACACAAAAUAUGUAAAGAGCAUAAUUCGUGUAGUUUUCCAUGAUCGACGCCUGCAGUAUACAGAGCAUCAGCAGCUUGAGGGCUGGAGAUGGAGUCGGCCUGGGGACCGCAUCCUUGAUAUAGAUAUUCCACUGUCAGUUGGCAUCUUGGAUCCCAGGGCCAGCCCAACCCAGUUGAACACUGUUGAAUUUCUGUGGGAUCCAUCAAAGAGAGCUUCAGCAUUCAUUCAGGUACAUUGCAUCAGCACAGAAUUUACUCCACGGAAACAUGGAGGAGAGAAAGGGGUGCCUUUCCGGGUGCAAAUUGACACCUUUAAGCAGAAUGAAAACGGUGAAUACACAGAACACUUACAUUCUGCAAGCUGCCAGAUCAAAGUUUUCAAGCCUAAAGGAGCAGACAGAAAACAGAAGACUGACAGGGAAAAAAUGGAGAAGAAGACCACCCAAGAGAAGGAGAAGUAUCAGCCUUCCUAUGAGACAACUAUUCUCACAGAGUGCUCUCCCUGGCCAGAUGUGCCUUAUCAAAUGAACAAUGCUCCAUCUCCAAGCUACAACAGUUCUCCCAACAGCUUCAACCUAGGAGAUGGCAACAGUUCUCCAACCCACCAAGUGGAGCUCCUGCCUCCCAGCAAUGAUCAUCUCCUUCCUUCUGCUUCUAUUCAAGAUGCCCAGCAGUGGCUUCAUCGUAAUAGGUUCUCUCCAUUCUGUAGACUCUUCUCAAGUUUUUCGGGUGCUGACUUACUGAAGAUGUCCAAAGAAGAUUUUGUUCAAAUCUGUGGGCCUGCUGAUGGAAUUCGGCUCUUUAAUGCAAUCAAAGGAAGAAAUGUAAGGCCCAAGAUGACAAUUUAUGUCUGUCAAGAACCAGAGCAAAACAGGUCCCAUCUCCACCAAAAACAAGAAAAUGGCGAUGGCAGUCUUUGUGUAUAUCAUGCAAUCUUCUUGGAAGAAUUGACCACGCUGGAAUUAAUUGAAAAGAUUGCAAACUUGUACAGCAUUUCUCCGCAGCAGAUAAAUCGAAUCUAUCGGCAGGGACCCACAGGGAUCCAUGUAUUAGUGAGCAAUGAGAUGGUGCAAAACUUCCAAGAUGAAUCUUGUUUUGUUAUCAGCACAUUAAAAGCUGAAAGCAAUGAUGGCUACCACAUCAUUUUAAAAUGACCGUGCUGCACAGAAAGACUUUAACAGCCUAAAAUUUAGUGCCUCACUGAGAUUGCUACAACCUAGACUGGAAACAUGAAGAAUCUUCUGGAUAAAAUGCUCCUACGAACUAAGAAGUACCAAACAGCUUAAGGAAAAACUUGCUUUUACAGAUAUACAUUUUUGGUGGUGUGUGGUUUUGUUUUGGUUUUGUUUUUUUCUGGGUUGUUUUUUGUUUGUUUUUUUUUUUGAAGCUGGAGCUGAGAACAUCCUCAAAGCUUGUACAUGUUUCUUCUUCCCUCCCUUCCUCUUCAGUCUUAAAAAUUGUUGAGGUUUCUGCUUAUUGCUUAGAAACAUCUGCCUUGUACUAAAGGGAAAUGAAAGAUAAACAAAACCCAAUUUUCUAGACCCCUCAUGGUUGGGUGAAUUGAUUUAUUUACUGUUCUGAGUUCUCUCUUGCUUUCAACACACACCCUCCUGCUGACGGACAUAGGCUCCCUGGAGUUCCUCUUUUACUCUUUGAGGUGGAAGGCUGGGGGCAACAUCCAAAAACCAGAUUAGGCAAUGCAGAGCACGGAUUUGAUCCCCAGUUCUCACCCAGAGUGUCAGCCCUGGAAGCCCACACUUAGCUGCUUUCCACCUGUAGAUGUGCUCGAAGUCCAGAGACCUAGGUCCAUGCUGAUAGAGCUUCUGUAAUACCAAUCCAACAGAACAAUUUUGUAGGGUUCAGGGAGGAAUAGACAACCCAAGGCAAGCAGUUCACUACCAUAUUAUAUCUUCAGCUUUAGAAUAAUCUCCUUUAAUAGAGUAUAUGAAAGGUUUCUUAGGAAAUGUUUUGAACAUUGAAAGUUACAGAGCUCAAGACAAAUUCAUACUAUGGAUUUAUUCUACUCUGCAAAGCAUUGAUUAACUGCUAACUUUACUGUAACUGGGAAUUAGGUUAUGAUCUUAAUGAUUUUUCCUCCUGUUACUCACUGAAGUAAGUAAAACUAAGUUUUGAUUGAGUCCAGGUAACGGAUCAUAGUUGCUGCUUCUUAUACUCUUGCUCUUUCACUUUUGACUUUUAUUUCCAAUAUCUGCAACUAUGGUCAACCCUCCCUUGGUCUUUCGGGAUGCCAUCCAGGCUCCACUAAACUGAAAAGUGGCUUCCGCUGAUGUCAAAGGCAAAAUGGAUCAGACUCUUCUUGCAUGUGUGGAGUCAUUUCACUGUUGGAAGCUAAUUAAUAAGGCGCUGUUUCCCAAACCCAAUGUCCAUAUAGCGUCAAAUUCUGAUACUUGAACAUUUAAUUUCAUCCUGAAUUGAGAUGGAAAGAUGAAAUACCAAAAAUUUUCUUGGAAUGGAAAUUUUUCAAAAAAUGAGAAAUUGGCAGCUGGAAAACGCUGAAUAAAAUGUUCUAGCCUUUUGAAAUGGAAACAUUUAAUUAAAUCCAUUUGGCUCUUAAAGCAGCAUCAGUUUGAGCUACUGUUGCAGACCUCAGAAAUUACCAUUCAAGUGCCUUGUGUGCCGUGUCUCCCUUGGGGCCCAGCUCUUUGGCUGAGUUACAGAUCCCAUGAUGCUCUUACUGUGGGUUAGUCAAAGGGGGAAUGCGUCAUGAAGGCUGGAGGGGUGCCCAGGAGCCCAGCCUUCUGGGAAAGAGGGGGACAUGGAGCCCAUGAAUUACGGCUCCCAGCUGACACUGGAGGAAUUCAGACAGACACGGACUGAUAUUUUUCUGACAAAAACGAUGUGUUUCAAGUUUUCCCAACAGAAAUAAAAAGCAAAAUAUUGAGAAAAGCAACCUUUUUUUCAUUAAAAGCACCAAGUUUUGCACAAAAAAA